UGAUGUUCGGCACUAUUUGUGGCCGGCGUGGUGGAAGGACACAGUGAGGUUCUCACCCCCGCCCCCCGCUCCCCGCUCCCAUCCCCAGUUCCAUCAAAGCGAACCCAGGCCAGCGCAAGGAUCUCUGAGUUGCGAGUGUGCUGAGGCUGUGACUGUCACUCAUUCUCCGAUCAGCGCGUGAACGCAGCGCGGUAGCGGCUGGCAGGAAACAAUUCUGCAAAAAUAAUCAUACUCAGCCUCGCAAUUGUCUGCCCCUAGGUCUGUUGCUCUGCCGCCGUCCACACUCGCUGCAAGGGGGGGCAGAGAAUUUACCGCGGCAAGAACAUCCCUCCCGGCCAGCAGAUUACAAUGCUGCAAACUAAGGAUCUCAUCUGGACUUUGUUUUUCCUGGGAACUGCAGUUUCUCUGCAGGUGGAUAUUGUUCCCAGCCAAGGGGAAAUCAGCGUUGGAGAGUCCAAAUUCUUCCUAUGCCAAGUGGCAGGAGAUGCCAAAGAUAAAGACAUCUCCUGGUUCUCCCCCAAUGGAGAAAAGCUCACCCCGAACCAGCAGCGGAUCUCGGUGGUGUGGAACGAUGACUCCUCUUCCACCCUCACCAUCUACAAUGCCAACAUUGACGAUGCCGGUAUUUACAAGUGUGUGGUCACUGCGGAGGAUGGCACCGAGUCAGAGGCCACGGUCAACGUGAAGAUCUUCCAGAAGCUCAUGUUCAAGAAUGCGCCAACCCCCCAGGAGUUCAGGGAGGGGGAAGAUGCUGUGAUUGUGUGUGAUGUGGUCAGCUCCCUCCCCCCAACCAUCAUCUGGAAACACAAAGGCCGAGAUGUCAUCCUGAAAAAAGAUGUCCGGUUCAUAGUCCUGGCCAACAACUACCUCCAGAUCCGGGACAUCAAGAAAACAGAUGAGGGCACUUAUCGCUGUGAGGGCAGGAUUCUGGCACGCGGGGAGAUCAACUUCAAGGACAUUCAGGUCAUUGUGAAUGUGCCACCCACUGUCCAGGCCAGACAGAGCAUAGUGAAUGCCACCGCCAACCUCGGCCAGUCCGUCACCCUGGUGUGCGACGCCAAAGGCUUCCCAGAGCCCACCAUGAGCUGGACAAAGGAUGGGGAGCAGAUAGAGAACGAGGAGGACGAGAAGUACCUCUUCAGCGACAACAGCUCUGAGCUGACCAUCAGGAAAGUGGACAAGAACGACGAGGCCGAGUACGUCUGCAUUGCUGAGAACAAGGCCGGCGAGCAGGAUGCUUCCAUCCACCUCAAGGUCUUUGCAAAACCCAAAAUCACCUACGUAGAGAACCAGACGGCCAUGGAACUAGAGGAACAGGUCACUCUUACCUGUGAGGCCUCAGGAGACCCCAUUCCCUCAAUCACCUGGAGAACGUCCACCCGAAACAUCAGCAGCGAAGAAAAGGCUUCGUGGACUCGACCAGAGAAGCAAGAGACCCUGGACGGGCACAUGGUGGUGCGCAGCCAUGCCCGCGUGUCGUCCCUGACCCUGAAGAGCAUCCAGUACACAGACGCUGGGGAGUACAUCUGCACCGCCAGCAACACCAUCGGCCAGGACUCCCAGUCCAUGUACCUCGAAGUGCAAUAUGCCCCCAAGCUGCAGGGCCCCGUGGCUGUGUACACUUGGGAGGGGAACCAGGUGAACAUCACUUGUGAGGUGUUUGCCUACCCCAGUGCCACAAUCUCAUGGUUCCGAGAUGGUCAGCUGCUGCCAAGCUCCAACUACAGCAACAUCAAGAUCUACAACACUCCCUCUGCCAGCUAUCUGGAGGUGACCCCGGACUCUGAAAAUGAUUUUGGAAACUACAACUGUACCGCAGUGAACCGCAUCGGACAGGAGUCUUUGGAAUUCAUCCUUGUCCAAGCAGACACCCCGUCCUCACCAUCCAUCGACCAGGUGGAGCCAUACUCUAGCACAGCACAAGUGCAGUUUGAUGAGCCAGAGGCCACAGGUGGAGUACCCAUCCUCAAAUACAAGGCUGAGUGGAGAGCAAUGGGCGAGGAAGUGUGGCACUCCAGGUGGUAUGAUGCCAGAGAAGCCAGCAUGGAGGGCAUCGUCACCAUCGUGGGUCUAAAGCCCGAGACGACAUAUGCGGUCCGGCUGGCGGCCCUCAACGGCAAGGGCCUGGGUGAGAUCAGCGCGGCCUCCGAGUUCAAGACGCAGCCAGUCCGGGAACCCAGUGCACCUAAGCUCGAAGGGCAGAUGGGAGAGGAUGGAAACUCUAUUAAGGUGAACCUGAUCAAGCAGGAUGACGGCGGCUCCCCCAUCCGACACUACCUGGUCAAGUACCGAGCGCUCUCCUCCGAGUGGAAACCAGAGAUCAGGCUCCCAUCUGGCAGUGACCAUGUCAUGCUCAAGUCCCUGGACUGGAAUGCCGAGUACGAGGUCUAUGUGGUGGCAGAGAACCAGCAGGGAAAGUCCAAAGCAGCUCACUUUGUGUUCAGGACCUCACCCCAGCCCACAGCCAUCCCAGCCAACGGCAGCCCCACCUCGGGCCUGAGCACCGGUGCCAUCGUGGGCAUCCUCGUCGUCACCUUCGUGCUGCUCCUGGUGGCCGUGGACGUCACCUGCUACUUCCUGAACAAGUGUGGCUUACUCAUGUGCAUCGCCGUCAACCUGUGCGGAAAAGCCGGGCCCGGAGCCAAGGGCAAGGACAUGGAGGAGGGCAAGGCCGCCUUCUCGAAAGAUGAGUCCAAGGAACCCAUCGUGGAGGUGAGAACUGAGGAGGAGCGGACCCCAAACCACGAUGGAGGGAAACACACAGAGCCCAACGAGACCACGCCGCUGACGGAGCCCGAGAAGGGUCCUGUAGAAGCAAAGCCGGAGUGCCAGGAGACAGAAACGAAGCCAGCGCCAGCCGAAGUCAAGACGGUCCCCAAUGAUGCCACACAAACAAAGGAGAACGAGAGCAAAGCAUGAUGGGUGACGAGACACCAGCAAAGAUCAAAAUAAAAAGUGACACAACUGCUUCACCAGAGCAUCUCCAAUAUCUCACACACACACACACACACACACACACACACACACACCCCACACACAUCUCAUUCCUCUAGUGUCUUUUGCCUUUAAAAAAAAAAAAAAACUAAGCAGAUCAACACGGGAUCUCCUUUUUGUAGAUUUAUAGAAAGGGUUCCUUUGUUGCGCACUCACUUGUAAGAAAAUGAGACAAAAAGGUGAAACCCACAGCCAAACUAGGACACUCCGUUCCCUGAAACCAUUUAAAAAUCAAACAAAAGGACCCCAAAUUAAGAAUCUAGGAAGCUCAGAGAAAAAAAAAAAUCUAGGUUCAGGAAGACCACACUUGGUAUCACCCAAUUGGCACAGACCAGGUUCAGAGAAGUACUUCCAGACACUAAGACUAACCGAAUGAACAAAGUCCAAGUUUAUUUUUAUACUUUCAGUCGUUUGAACUCUGUAAAACCUCAUAAAUAAGUUAUAAUUUCUGUUCACUUUGUAUUUGUUCAGUAUGCAAAGUGUGUCACCCUUUCUAGCUGAAUUCAAUUCCCACAUAGACUCUUGUUUUCUAGGAAGAAUGCCAAAUUGCAGCUUCUGGGGGUAGAUCUCAAUUUGCAGUAUUCGGAUUUCUUUUCCUUUCCUUUUCUUUUUCCUUCUUCUUUUUUUUUUUUUCUUUUCUGCCAACUUUGCUUUCCAGUGUUUACAAGUUGACAAAUGUUUGAUUUCAGUUGUGUUUCAAUGUCCAUGUAAAAUAGCUGCUUUUUUUUUUUUUUUUUGAGUUACAAAUACUGCCUAGAGGUCUAGGAUCAUCACAGGACAACUUUAUGAAAUCUGAUUGUUUACAGUGGCUCUGCCCCCAUUUCUGAUUUGAAAUUUUUGCCUGUGUGAGACUCAGGUGAAAAUCCAUCUCAUUCUGGAAAGGUUUUGCUUUCGGGUUUUCGGUUUUUUCAUUUCCUUGGGGGUUAGACCACUCUGAUUAACUACCACCUGCCUGUAUCUGUGAAAAGGAUCUGCUCCCCAGAUGUCCCUGUCCUUCCUUUUGAAGGACUCUUAGGCUUUGUUGAAUGAAGCAGAGAAGAUUGUAUAGUUGGGGCUGGUCUUGGUGAACACACAUUUUUACCCCAAACAUCCCCUUUUUGUAGAAAGCCAAAUAAAAUAUAUACAUACAAUUUCCUUUUGAGCCCAGAAUCUAGAUUUGAGCGGAAGAGCAUGUGUGCUUCAGGGAAUUAGUGUCUUUUUUUGGAAAUCUGUUGAAGUAAAAUAACAUCGGCCUUCUGUUCACUUAGGCAGCAUUUGUAGAAACAAAGGAAAGAAAAAAAGCCAACCUGCUGUCUGGAGUCAUAACACAACUUUCCUGGAUUGGAAACCAAGUGGGGGAAAAAAAUACAGAAACUUUAAGGGGGAUGGGAGGGGGGAGAAGGGAAAAGCCAGCCCUUUGUAUAGAAAUUUUGCUUUUUUUUCCUCAUUCUACUUUAGAACUGCAAGCUUGUGCACUGUGGAUGCGUGAAUAUUUUAGUGUGAAACGUGUUUUUGUCAUAGUAUUGAAAUAAAACUUCAACAUAGUUUGGUUGUGGAAGGUAUAGCAGAUAGUUCA